UGGCCCAGCGUCACGUCUUCACUUUUCGCUUUCACUUUAACUCUCCUUUCAUUUCUUUUUCUUCUCAUUGAAUCUUAAUGGAUUCAACUCACUUACACUACUUCUACUUCUGCUUCUGCUUCUGCUUCUGCUUCUGCUAGCUCAAUAACAAUGGCUUCGGGGGGAAGAACUGCCACCAAUAACCAUAAGAACCAACCACCUUCCUCCACAGUUGAGUCUCUAAAUGGCUUGAAAUUCGGCCAAAAAAUAUAUUUUGAGGAUUUGGGUCUCUCCACACCGUCAACCACUUAUUCAACUUCAUCCUCUUCUUCUGCUGUUGGUGUUCCCAAGAAGGGAGUUUGUGCCAUGCACUCCAAAUCCCCCACUGUCACUGUUUCUGGUCUCCAACAAAGGUUUUGCCAACAGUGUAGCAGAUUUCAUCAGCUUCCUGAAUUUGAUCAAGGGAAACGAAGUUGCCGCAGGCGGCUUGCCGGCCAUAACGAACGUCGGAGAAAGCCCCCACCAUCCAGCAACUUCUUAACCUCUCGUUAUGCAAGACUUUCUUCGUCACUUUUCGAUGAUAGUGGCAAAGGUGGAAGCUUCCUGAUGGAAUUCGCUUCAUACCCGAAGCUGGGUCUUAGAAACACAGUUCCAAAUCCCAGAUCAUCUCAACCAAGCUGGCAGGGCUAUUCAGAGACAUCAUCUGACCUUUUCUUGCAAGGUUCAGUGGGUGGGACAAGCAUCCCCAAUCUCAGACACCCUCCUCCUUUGAGCGAAAGUUAUGCCGGCGUAGCAGACUCAAGCUGUGCUCUCUCUCUUCUGUCAAGCCAAACAUGGGGAUCUAGUAACAUGGCACCAAGUCUCGGGUUGAAUAACAUGUUGAAUUUCAGUGGUGCACCUGUGACACAACUUGCUGCAUCAUCCCAUGGUGAAUCCAUCCAUCAAGUUCCGAAUCCCUGGUGGUGUUCAAACAAGGUUGUCCCUGAUCUAGGCCUCGGUCAAUUCUCGCAGCUUCCUAAUAGCCAAGUUCCCGGCGAGUUCGAUGCACUGGAACCAGGUAGGAGGCAUCAUGUGAAUCUAGAGUAGUCCGGGGACUAUGAUUCACUUCCUUGGUCACUUAAUGCACUUUAUUGCUCUUUUUGUAAUAACCAAACUCUUAGAAAAUGAGAUGGGAACCUGUGCUACUUGAUUGCUGUUGCUAUUUUUGAUUCAGUUGUGAAACUUUCAGCCACUAAAUCAAUCAUCUAAGAGUAGACAUUGAUGCUGUCUUUCUACAUGGGUAUGGCA